GGGGGCGGGAUUUGCAGGGGCCGGGAGUGGUGAGCGUCCCUGGCCGGCGUCGCGCCGCAGGCUUCCACGAUGUUUGCCCAGUGCCCUCGGAAGGGUGCGAGCUCGAUGCUGCUGAUGGUGCUGCUGUGUUGCAUCCUUCCUCCUCUGGCACAAGCCAGCAAGAGCUCAGAGGACAUCCGCUGCAAGUGCAUCUGUCCCCCGUACCGGAACAUCAGCGGGCACAUUUACAACAAGAAUGUGUCCCAGAAGGACUGCAACUGCCUGCAUGUUGUGGAGCCGAUGCCGGUGCCAGGGAAUGACGUGGAGGCCUACUGCCUGCUGUGCGAGUGCAAAUACGAGGAGCGUAGCACCACCACCAUCAAGGUGAUCAUCAUCAUUUACUUGUCUGUGGUGGGGGCACUGCUGCUUUACAUGGCUUUCCUCGUGCUGGUGGACCCUCUGAUCCGGAAGCCGGAUGCUUAUACCCAGCCCCUGCACAACGAGGAGGAGAACGAGGACGCUCGCUCCUUGGCCGCAGCCCCCACCCCGUCGGGCGCUAGAGCCAACACGGUGCUGGAGAGGGUGGAGGGGGCCCAGCAGCGCUGGAAGCGCCAGGUGCAGGAGCAGAGGAAGACAGUGUUCGACCGCCACAAGAUGCUGAGCUAGAUCUUCACUGAGCUCUGCAGCACCGCUCCCCGAGAGACAGGGUAGCUCCGCUGGUGGAGAUGGACAGCAGGUCACCCUUCAGACAUCCGUGGUGUUUGACUGAAAGCUCUAACCCUCUCUGAUUUACCGUCUUCGUAGAGAGAAGCAGACCAAAAUGCUUGCCUCUGGUUUUGUCCCCUUGCCCUUUACCUCUCGGCCCGGAGGCUCCUCACCCCUUGCCCGGCUGAGAUCCGCACUGGUGGUCAGCCCCGUGGCUGCAUGGGGAUGGUGGGUGGGAUGGGGGGACUCCCGGGCUGCCUGGGGCGGGGGCUGCGGCUCAGUGGGACCCCGCGGCCACCACUUGCUGGGACUGAAGUCUCCAUCAGCCCACCCCCUUCGUCAGAGACCAGGGUCUCGGUACGGAGUGGUGGAAGUAGGCUGAAUCUUCCUGGGAUAAAAAUAAUGUGAUAAUUGUUACGUGGGAUAGAUUACGUGGCGCUCCUCCAGGGUGAAGAAGCCGCCUCCUCCUCCCGUUUGCAGCGAUGUUAUUUGGGCAUCGUUGUGCUGAGGCAAGUGCAUCCAUGGGGAGGAGGAGGAGGAGGGGGCUCCCUCCGGGUGCUCAGCUGCUGCCUGCACUUACCCUGGUGUGACCUGGGCAGGUUUCCAGUCUGUGCCCAGAUUUACACCCGCAUCGCUGAGAUUGCAGCUUGUGUCCGCGCAGGUGAACGUCCCAGAACUGGUCAGUACCUUCACGAGUAAGAGACCAACAGGUAAAAAGUUGAUUUACAUUUAUAUCUUUUCCUGCUUUAGCAGUGAAUAAAAGCAUCCUGGGGAGAAA